UAAAGUAUCCAAACAGACCCUAGAAACCUAGCACAGCGCCCCGCGUUACAAGUCACAAAGAAAUAGCGGUGUUGGGGGCAGGGAGAGUGAGAGAAGGGGCAGUGCAGUGGAAAAAGUGAGAGAAGGGGCAGAGAAAAUGGAGGUGGACAAAGUAGAGACACAACAACAACAACAACAGAAACAGAAACAUGUACAUCUGUUUUACUGCGUGGAAUCCGAAGAGCUUGCCCGUAAUAUUGCCGCUCGCUCUGAACUCAUCACACUCCAAUCCAUCAACUGGAGGAAUUUCGAUGAUGGAUUUCCUAAUCUUUUUAUAAACAACGCUGAAAAUUUGCGAGGUCAACAUGUGGCCUUCCUUGCAUCUUUUAGUUCUCCAGGAGUUAUCUUCGAACAGCUUUCUGUCAUUUAUGCACUGCCGCGUCUGUUUGUUGCCUCCUUCUCGUUGGUGUUGCCUUUCUUUCCAACUGGCUCCUUCGAGCGAAUGGAAGAAGAAGGGGAUGUUGCAACUGCAUUUACCAUGGCAAGGAUAUUGUCAAACAUUCCCAUUUCAAGAGGUGGCCCCACUAGUCUAGUCAUAUAUGACAUACACGCACUGCAGGAAAGAUUCUAUUUUGGGGACCAUGUUUUGCCUUUAUUUGUUACUGGGAUUCCUCUGUUAAAGCAACGUCUUCACCAACUUCCUGAAUCUGAUAAGAUUGUUGUUGCUUUUCCGGAUGAUGGAGCCUGGAAGCGAUUCCACAAGUUGUUGGAUCAUUUUCCUAUGGUGGUAUGUGCAAAGGUUCGUGAAGGUGAUAAGAGAAUAGUUAGAAUAAAGGAGGGAAAUCCUGCCGGCUGCCAUGUGGUUAUUGUUGAUGAUUUGGUACAAUCUGGAGGCACCCUUAUUGAGUGCCAGAAAGUAUUGGCAGCUCAUGGGGCAGCAAAAGUCAGUGCAUAUGUCACCCACGGGGUGUUUCCCAAGCGUUCCUGGGAGCGAUUUACUCACAAAGAUAAUGGCAUGGAGAAUGCAUUUGCUUAUUUUUGGAUGACAGAUUCCUGCCCUCACACUGUGAAAGCCAUCACAAAUAAGCCUCCAUUUGAAGUUUUGAGCCUUGCUGGAUCCAUUGCUGAUGCUUUACAAAUAUGACUUGAGAGUUACUCAAGGGGGCUUCGUAUUGUGGGAACAGUUAUGUGCUUAAGGGAACUAAAAGACAGUAAUAAAUUUUGAAGAAAGCCUGUAGCAUGACUUUUAUGCCACUUGAAACAGGAGGCCCGGUUGCCUAGUAAAAAAUAGAGCUUAAAUUUGCUCAACUCGGUGAGUUUAACACCAUUCUAUUGAUAAGUAUCCUGUCGUGAAAAUGAUUCCGUGAUAAGAGAUUUCAUCUGUGCUUCAUGA